CGUUUACCAUACUUUAUUUUCCCAAAAGCAAGGGUUUAUACAGGUGUGAGAGCACAGUCGAACCAGUUUUCCUAGUUAUGUACACACAUCUCAGGCAGCUGCAAAUACAAAAAUCAGCUCGAGUGUAAACUGACUGUUGUUAAAAAAGCUUUCGUAAGGUCUCCGACGAACUACAGUUGUGAAGCUACUCGAAGGUAUUAAUCGGUCGUGUUUUAACUCUGUAAAACUAGACUAGUGCGCCACUCAAGAAAGGUAAAUCACUUAUCUCUCACUAUCCUGGUCAACGUUUUCCCCCUCUAGUAAGAUCAAUGUUGUGAAAAAAUAUCAAAGAUACUACAAUUCAAACUCACUCAUGGAAGGAAAGUAUACAAUUUUAACCUGGUUUUCCGUGAAGAGUUCUUAACGAAGAAAUAGUGAGGCAGACAGGCAUUGAAAUAAAUACAAAUGAAUGAGGAAAGCGAAUUAUCGUAUAUGUAACUUGAGUUUUUAUGAUAGAUUCAGAUUUUCGAAAAGAAAUCUCCCAGAAGGGGUGCGGCCUAACCCUCUGUUUUUUAGGCUGGUACAGUUUGUUAGACUAUCGUGUAGCAAUUUGUUUUGUCGUUGUCGUGGUUGUCUUUUUCCAGAGAAGAAAUCCGUUUAGUUGAGAAUGCGAGCCUUAACUGUGUUGUUAGCGUUGAUGGCUGUGUCAGCAACUUCUAAUGCAUACUACAGAGUGUGUUAUUACACAAACUGGGCCCAGUAUCGACCGGCGGGGGCCAAGUUCUUUCCAGAGGACAUUGACCCAUUCCUGUGCACACAUAUCAUAUACUCGUUCGCCAAAAUCAACCAACAGAACAUGAUUGCCAUGUAUGAAUGGAACGACGAUAAAAUGUACGUCCGAUUUAACAAUUUGAAAGAAAAUAACCCUGAGUUGAAGACACUGUUGGCUGUUGGUGGUUGGAACCAUGAGAGUGGUACUGAAAGUCCAUUCUCUCGCAUGGUGAGAACGAUCGCCACACGAAAAGUCUUCAUUGACUCUGUAAAGAGUUUGUUGAGACAGUACAACUUUGAUGGACUUGAUCUAGACUGGGAGUAUCCUGGAAAUCGUGGCAACUCUCCACCUGAGGACAAACAACUCUUCACAAUCCUUUGCCAAGAACUGCUCACUGCUUUUAAGAAAGAGUCAGCUGAGAGCGGAAAGCCACGACUUCUGCUAACAGCCGCCGUAGCCGCUGGUUAUGCAACAAUUGACAAGGCAUACGAGAUCAGCAAAUUAGCUGGCAUUUUAGACUUUAUCAACCUGAUGGCAUACGAUCUUCAUGGAAGCUGGGAUUCCCAGACAGGGCAUCACACUGCUUUGGAGGGUCCCACAGGUGAUAAACUUACAGUCUCCCACGCAGUGCAAUAUUGGAUGGAUAAGGGUAUGCCGUGUAAGAAAAUCGCUCUAGGAUUAGGAACUUAUGGCCGAGCAUUUAAGCUUGUCAAUCCGAAUAAGAAUGGACUGGGAGCUUCGGCCAGUGGAAAGGCUACCCCAGGGAAAUACACCAGAGAAGGGGGAUUCCUGUCCUAUUACGAGAUUUGUACAAUGGGUCUGACCGUGGUACAGGACAACACAGUGAAAGCCCCGUAUGGAUACAAAGGAGACCAGUGGGUGGGGUACGAUGAUGAGAUGAGUUUGACACUGAAAGUGAACUCUGUCAUUAAAGAAAAAAAUCUGCUGGGUGCCAUGUUCUGGGCGCUGGAUCUGGAUGAUUUCAAGGGUUCUUUUUGCAAAAAAGGGAGGUAUCCUCUGAUGAAUGCCGUCAAGCAAGCAUUAGGGGGAGGAGGCGGGGGAACAAGACCUCCCAUCCCCUCCCCAUGGCCAGAACCUAGUACCCAGCCCCCUUCUGCUGGGCCUCCUACAGGUGGACCUCCAUCUGGAUCUUGCCAUGCUAUAGGGGCGUGGCAAGGGAAUGCAGGCAUGGAUAAAUGGUGUAAUGAAAACUGUGCCCGGGGAAACUGUCCAGGGGAUUUGUGUGCAUGUACUUAAGAAAGCAAGAGGCCUUCUAUCGGACAAGAAGUAUCAGACUAAUCAUUGUAGUAGGGGAAAAGAGAACGCCUAUUAAACGUUGAAAGUGAAGGGAUUUGUGUUUGUGUGG